GUUAUUGCGAAGCUAGCCCCUCGUGAUGCCGAAAAGAAAAGUUGAUUCUGACACUGCGCGCGGAGUUCGCACGGCGCUUUGGUGACUUUGAAAAACAAAAAAAGAAUUUCGAGUUGCUUCGCAACCCAUUUGCCGUCGACGUGGAAACUGCACCUGUGCAGAUUCAGAUGGAGCUGAUUGAGCGGGAGUGUAAUGAGACACUAAGGCAAGGUACGACACUGCAGGGCCCACAGAGUUUAUUCACUCCAUCCCCGCAGCAAUGCCCCAGCUCCGUCCACAUGCGGCUCCAACCUUGUGCAUGUUUGGUAGCACAUCUCUGUGUGAGAAGCUGUUCUCAGUGAUGAAGAUCAACAAAACAGCACACAGGAGUCGUCUCACUGAUGAGCACCUGCAGUCCAUCCUGAGAGUCUCCACAACACGGGACCUCACGCCAAACAUAAACGAACUUGUUACCAAACAAAAUGCCAAGCAUCCAGCUCUGAUAAAAUGGCAUAAGAGUAAAGAAAACUGAAUGAUUUGAUUCGUUAUUUGUUAUUGCUGAAAAGCACAAAUUUUAUUUAUAUUUCCAGGUUUUGUUUUGUUUUGCAGCAUUUUCAUGUUUCUAACUUGUAUAAUUUUUGCCAGGAGAUAUUUUUAUGGAGAGUAAAAUCAUUUGGGAUAUUUAAAAUUUAAGUUUUUUAUAUAAAAUGACAUAAAAGCAAAGAAAUUCAAAUGUUUUGAUUUGUUAUUUUAAUGUUUACUUAAAGCACAAGCACUGUCACAAUUUUUUUUUUUUUUCAGGCGUUUUUGCAGCAUGUUCAUAUUUCUAACUUGUAUAAUUUUGUCUGGAUAUAUUUUUUAUGGAGAGCAAGAUAUUUUAAGUUAUUUAAAGUUUAAGUUUAUUUAUUCCAGAAUAACAUUCCUGUCUCUUUUUAUUCAUAUUUAUGUUCAAAAAACAUUUAGUCUUAGUGUGUUCGAUAAAUGUUUAUUCUGUUCGGCCCGCGACCUAAAGUGUGUUUUGAGUUUGACACCCCUGCGUUAAGUGGACGUCCUUCGGCUUUACGAGUUUUUCGCCUCAGUUCGCGCUGCGCUAAAGCGAACCUGCGUGUGUUCGCGUCUCCUUCGACUUGGUACGCGAACGCCCCUCCUGUAAAAGUCUCGCCAACUUCAGUUAGAAACAUUCAAAGACCUGAGCUCAACCACAACACAUCUGCAGCAGAGCAGCAGCUGGAGAAGCAUUUAGAGCAAAAAUCAGUGGAGCUGAUAUUAACUACAGAGGCGAGGGAACAGCUGAUGAUGAGUGCUGCUCAGACUGAAACAACAUUGGAGGCCCUGCAGUGCCACUUCACCUGGGAUCUGGACCAAAGCAGGUCCAAACUUCUCCGUCUCAGGGACAAGGUGGAGGACAUCAGCACAGAGGAGGGAAACAGUUGGCUGGGUCACAUGUACAACCUGCGGGGGUUCAUCCAGUCCAAGCUGGGGUUCACCGAUGAUGCCAGGAGUCUCUUCAGCAGGGCUGUAGAGGCCUUCCGCAAGAUGAGAAACACCGACUCAGAUGAGGGUCCCUGGUUGAUGGUGAACUAUGGGAACCAGGCUUGGCUGCACCACCUCCAGGGAGAACAUGCAGAGAGUCAGGCUUACCUCUCAAAGGUCGACGCCCUGAUGAAAGAAUACCCAUCUCCAUCGCAGGACGAGCUCCAUCCAGAGAUCUACGCUGAAAAAGCCUGGACUCUGAUGAAGUUUAACCCAGACAAACAGCUGUUGGCUACAGAUUACUUCCAGAGAGCCAUCAGGAUGCAGCCGGACAUGGUGGAGUGGCAGACCAGCCAUGUGGUAGGGUUAGUGAAUAGUUUCAAGCACAGCAGCACAGGGCUAGACGCUGACAUCCUGGAGAAAAUGAGAAACGCCAAGGAACAGGACCCAGAGAACCUGCACCUUGCUGUUCGCUACCUCGAGCAACUUGCCAAGAAAGGAGAUAGAGUCGAAGAUGAAGCGCGUGAGCUAGCCAAACAGGUUCUGAGAAAUCUUGUCGGCAGUUACAGGGGUAUAAAAGCAUUACUGAGAGUUUACAGAGACUACGUCUCUAUUGAUGAGGCUGUUGAUUUGGCAGAGGAGGCUCAGGGAAAACAUCCAGACAAACGUUAUCUGAAGAGGUGUUUAGCACUCUGCUACAAAUGGAAGAUCAUUUUAUUCUGGGAGAGUCGCCCAAAGCAAAGCCUGAUAGACAGCGCCAUCAGGCUCCACGAGGAGGUGAUUUCUCUUUAUCCCCAUUCUUCCUUUACUAAGAGAAUAGACCUCGCAAAUAUUUACGCAAAGUCAAAACGCGGCCUGGCUACAUCUGAGCAGAUGUACCAGGAGCUGCUGAAGCGUGAUCUGGAACCUGAGGACAAACAGCUGCUUUACAACAACUAUGCAAAAUAUCUGAAGUUUGAGCGACAGGAUGGACAAAGGUCGAUACAUUAUCACAUGAAGGCGGCAGCGAUACCGCAAGAGUCGUUCUUUCGGCAGAACAGCAUCCAAGUUCUGCAGAAGAUUAAAGACAGGAGCAGGGGCCAAAUGUGUAUGAACAUAGAGAAGUUUCUGGCCAACCUGCAAGAGCCGUAGUGUUUUUAACAAAACAUAGGUAUUCCACUAGCGAACAAAUCUGUACAUACUUUCAUUUGAUUACAUCAACAUUAGGUAAACUUGCAGAAAUAACUUGUGCAAAUUGAGGAAAAGGGGUCCCCUACUCUGAAGAUAGAAAGUGAAGUCUGAUUGAUUGAUGUGAUAAAUUAUCGCAGAUUUAAGUCAAUGGCGGAUUUACCAUGAAAUCUCACCAUCAGAAACGUUAGAUUGAUCAGAAAGAUUCGACUUCCACGCUUUUAUAAAGGUCAAACAUCGUUUCAGAAAGAUACAAUUUUUGAAGGAACACCGUUCAGACAUUUGACCAGUGCGCAAACUCAAACCUUUAAGACUGGUCCCACCAACAUGUAAAACAGCUAAAUCAGUUCAUUUUAAUGAAAUUUACUCGCAGGGGUGAAGUCCACGCAAACUUUCCACAUCAACUUCAGCUGUUGCGAACGUUGACAUGUAAAUCCGUGUCACUGACGUUUCGUGAUCCGUCUUGAAAGUGCUGACCUUCGAGGGAAAUACAGAGUACGAGGUCUGCAAGACAAUUAUUACAUUUUAAUUUUAUUAUUAAUAAUUUUUAUUAAGAAUAUAUUAAAAAAUAAUCCUCAAAACCACAAACAGCAGCAAUAAUCUUUAUCUGAUUUAUGUGAAAUAACUUUCUAACUGUGCGGCCAUGUUAAACCGUCUGUUUUUACUAUAUCCCUUAUGGGGUUUUUUCUCAGCACUGUAUUUGAAGUUUAUAAAACAACAUAAUACGCUUAAUACUGAAAAAUAACAGUUAUUGUAAAAGUUUAUUUGUUAUAUAACCUCAAUUGUAUCACUGGAUGCAACUGUUUGCAUGAACAUAAAGUGGCUAUGUUAAGCUGUGUCUAAGUUGUACACUAUACUAACAGCCUUUAAAACCCAUUUAUAGACUUGCUCUUAAGUGAUGUUGUCUUUUGAUUGUCCUCUUGUUAUUUUGUAUUGCUUUGGUUCUACUAUCCUAAAGAUACUGAAGUAUAUGUUACUUGUCUUUUCUCUGUAACUUGUAAAAAAAAAAGAUAAAGAUAAAGUUCCUGAUGGACAAAAUGCCA